AUGAUCGCGCAAGACGUCAUCUCCGUCGCUCGACGCCUUCGACAACAAAAGAACACUCGCCUUGCACUACUUCUCUUUGCACUGACGUGGCGACGACCAAGGAAGCCGAGAGUGUCACGGCAGCGGGUCGAUGUGGACUAUGAAGUCGAGAUGUUACUAAAUGAAAACAUGUUUGAACGGACAUUUCGCAUGCCUGCGGAAAGUUUUAGUCAUUUACUGUGGAGAGUUACACAAGCCCUCACUGUAUCAGAGCGGCACUCAACUAAUUCGAGUGGCGAAGCACCUAUUUCGCCUUCGAUAAUGCUAAUGACGACGUUGCGAUACCUGGCGGGGGGAUCAUACCUUGAUAUACGUCGUACGGUUGGCAUUAGUGCGCCCUCGUACUAUCGUGUGAUCGAUCUGACAAUGGAUGCUAUUCUUGCUCUUGAGGAGCUUCAGAUAACUUUCCCCAAUUCGGACUCGGAGAAAGAGGUUGUGAUGGAGGCGUUUAAGAACAUCAGCAGUGGUGGUGUAAUGAGUGGAUGCAUUGGUUGUGUUGAUGGUUGGCUUUGUCGUAUAAAGACACCAACCCUUGCUGAUGCUGGCGAAGUCGGUGUGGGUCGCUACUAUAGUGGUCAUUACGCUUGCCCUGGCAUUAAUGUACAAGCCGUUUGUGAUGCUCACUGUCGGUUUAUUGCAGUCGAUGCUAGUUUUCCAGGUAGCACCAAUGAUGCCCGUGCAUUUCGUGACACUGGUGUCUCCAGGGCAUUGAAUAAUCUUCCUACUGGGAUGUACAUUAUUGGAGACAAUGCUUACUCUGUAGGUGAGCAUUUACUCACGCCGUUUUCUCGCAACCAGAUAAUGGAUGAGUAUCAUGACUCGUUCAACUUUCACGCUAGCCAAUUGAGAAUACGGAUCGAAAUGGCAUUCGGACUUCUAACGACGAAGUGGAGAAUUUUCAGGUUUCCAAUAGAGCGUAACUUAGUCAACGCCACGAAGGCCAUAUACAUCGCUAUGGUGCUCCACAACUACGUUAUCAACAAGCGCAUGGCCAACGACAACGACUAUUGCGUUUUUGAUGAGACUAUCCGACCGCUUCGGAUACCAAGCCGAACUCGAAAGUUCAAUGAUGUUGCCAAUCUGAUGGGGUACAUGUCAAGUGAUCUUCGAGUCGAAGAAGGGCGCAGCAGUAUGAGGGACUUCAUUGUGGAAACACUUCGAGCGAAUCAAUCCGUUAGACCCCAGUAUAACAAACGUCGCAACGCUGAGUAG